AUGAAGAGCAGCAGUCCACAUGGAAACGAUCCGGGGGCGGCAGAGGUGCCAGAUCCCAGCACCUUUGAUAAUAAACAAGCUGCCCCUAAGACAACCACAUCAACCACGGAAUCUUUAUCGCGGGUGCCAUCCCAAGAAACCGACCCCUUGGAACUACACAAGUUGUCAUUGAGUUAUGACUACUUAAUGUUCAAGAUCAAAGAUUAUAUAAAGACCUUGACGGACCAAACCUACGAUUCUGUGCUACGGAAACAAAAUCUCAUCAACGAUGAUUAUUUUGAGAAACAAUUGAAUCUCUCAAGACAGUACGAGGAUAUUGACAAGUUGCUCAAAACAUGCAAUGAACUCGAGCAAGAGUUUAUGAAAAUUGACCAGCUCGAGAUGUUUGUCCGUGAUUUCAAACAAAGACUUGAUGCAAUAGAGAAGAGAUUUGCAGAAAAACCGUAA